AUGCGCUUCUCCUUCCUACUCCCACUAUUCGCCACGGCCGCAUUGGCAGCAGACCAAGGCAAAGGCUGCGAUACCCAGGAUGCCAUAGACUGUUCGGGCGACAACGUUGUAAAGUGCUAUGUUUUCCCAGGCAGCAGUGCUAUGACUUGGAACUUUGAGACAUCAUGCCCCGAUAAGGGACAAAUCUGCAACACCGGAAACUGUGAAACGGUCGCGAUGCAGGCCGAUCAGGGCAAAGACUGCGUAUACAAGGACGCCUUUGGGUGCUCUGGGAACAAUAUCGUACAGUGCAACGUUUUCCCAGGCAGGGACAAAAUGACAUGGAACUUUUUUGAGUCGUGCGCGGACAAAGGGCAGGUCUGCAGUGGCAACGUCUGCCAAACCUGCUAA